AUGCCUCGACCAGAGCCAGUGAAGGUUCCGCUUGAAGAGAUUCGCCGAACGCUGGAAGAUCUAGACCGCCAACGCGCUCGAGACCGAGCUCAGCGGGGCUUCAAAGCCACCCAGCCACGAAACCGGCCGGGCGGAGCCUUCGUUGACGAGACUGCCAUACAGGCUCUCCGAAAAUCCCCACAGGAGCCGGUUAGAGUCCCUCUUGACGAGAUUCGCCCCCAUCGGAGAGAUGGGGGUCGCCAGCAAGAAGCAUCGAAGCCACAGACCCAGGGCGAGAAGGUCAUGGGACCCCUCGAGGAGAUCACCUACCGCCAGCAUGCAGAAGAAACACUUCAUCGGACGCAAGGCACUGUCCGACAGGGGAAGAUCUUAUUACCUCCCGAAGAGAUCGCUCGUACAUUGGAUGAGCUGAACCGGCGGUACUCCGGAGGAACGGCCCGUCCCCGCACGUGUGAUGAUCUGGACCGCCAAAGGGCGAGAGAUACCGAGCUGGUACAAGGGCCAAGCACCCCCGAACCGACCUUCCGUCCUCCGCAGACGCCGCCUUCCCGUAAGCGCCAUCGAACACAACAAGAAGGCCUUCUGACUCCACCGCCCUCGGGGCCAAGCCGCUCCCGGAAAAGGCCUAGGCUGCUGGACGAGACCGUCCAACUCCAGCAGCAACCCCUCGAUGAAUUUCUACAAUACCGAGAGUCGUGCUUCCACGCUAAGAGGGACGCAUCAUUAUCAAGAUCCUGGUGCAAAGAAGUCCCCCUCGCCCUUCAAGUUGAGACUUCGAAGUCGUUCUAUGAGGCCUUCACCGACGAGAGGACGUUACCCAUUUCCCACUGCACUUUUUGCUACAGAAAAUGCCCGCCAGCCAACAUUACUACCAUCCAUUGGAGGACGUACUUGACCCCCGCGUUGCUGCAGGCUACGACGGCUCUUCAGAAAUGCAAAAAGUGUCUCCCACAGGGCGGUGACAUGGGGGUCGAUAUUUGCCUCGAGUGCCGCGGCGUUUUCGAAAACGGAAAGCUGCCGAAGGCAUGUUCGGUCAACAACAUGGACAUCGGGUGUGAGCAUCGUUAUCCUCGUGAACUCGAUGGCCUCUCUCCUGUCGAGGAGAGACUGAUCGCUCUUCAGGCCCCUUUCGGCUAUAUCACGAAGUUCACUGUUGAUAACAAAACGCCGUCUGGUGUCAGUUACAGGAAACACGUGAAGGGUCACAUUGUCGUAUUUCCGAACAAUGUAGAUGACCUAGUUGCCACGGUGCUCCCUCACCCGCUUCUUCAGACAAUCGAGAACAUCCACGUGUCUUGGAGCGGGGCCAACAGACCCAGCCCGGCGGAAGUGGGGACGCUUCUUCAGGUGCGCAAGUCUCGAGUAACCGCAGCCCUCUUGUGGCUACAGAGGAACAAUCCCCUUUACAGGGACAUCGAAAUCAACCUGGAUGAAAUACAGGGCUGGCAGUACGCGGAGGGCUCGACAGUUCCCACCGCUCUCAUGGAGCGGAUGCAGAGGGAGGAACCCUCGGCGGUGGAAAAGACACACACUGACCCAAUCGUCCCGAAUACCGAUCGCGGAUUAGAGGAGAACCGUUUCACAAGCAUUGAAGACCUCCUCACCUCGCUACAACCAGACCCAAGCGACGACACCCCUAUCUCAGUUGCCAAUGCGUCGAUGGAACAGCCUCACCCACCACCUGAGGAUGCCCAUAUGUCUGCUCCUGACCCAGAGAGUCUCGACCGUGACGGUGAUAUCCUAUACGAGACGUCAACGUCCGGCAUGUUUCCUCUGGAUGGGCCAGCCGCAUUCGCUGAGGCUGAUAAGCUAUCCUUCCUAGCUGAGGCUAUCCAGCCGAGUCAUACUGGACACGGCAAUGAUGUUGAACCUUCCGCUAUGGCUGUCCACGCAGCAGGAGACCAACCGUUCAUCCGAGUCGAGCGGGGUGCGGAUUUCGCGGACAACCUGCACGAGGACUUCUUUCCACGGACCUUUCCUAAGCUUUUCCCGUGGGGGAGGGGGGGCCCCAAGGCGCUGAGCGAGCCGGACGGCAAUUUACAUGACGCUUCGGAGCCAGCAAGGCGCAGUGGAAAUCACUCGCUCAACUAUUGGGCCAAAUAUGUGUUGCAACGCCAUGGGGGCCGAUUUGCUACGCAUCCAGUGUUUUGUUUCUUGGUUUUCAAUCUCCUCCUCCGAUCCACGAACCGCCGUAUCAGCAUGGUCCGCAUGACGAGGGGCUCUUUCGACAGAUUGGAACGGGUCUAUGGAAGCCUGACGGCGGACCGCCUAAAAAUAGCCGAGGAGGAGAUGCGAGAGACAAGGACCACGACAGAUCCGGACAUAUCGUUCUUGCUUCGCGAAUUGUCCAUCUUUGGCCACGCACAGCCGCUGUCCAACGAAACUCGACUCUUGAUGCGGAGGAAGAUACAAGCAGUGAACAUCUGGACCGGUAUGCCUGCCAUCUGGAUCACGGUCAACCCCAACGAUAUCAACAAUCCGGUCAAGAUGUGGCUCUCCAUCCACAGGCUCCACGACUACGACACGGCAAAGGAACUGCUAGCCGAUCUCCGGGGAAGGUAUGACAGGAUCGCCCUCAGCACCAUGGACCCAGUUAGCGCCGCCAUCUUCUUCCACCGAGAAAUCUCUCUGUUCUUUGAGAAAUACGUCAGGGCUGGCCAAGAAUCGAUUUUCGGAAAGAUUAGCCAUUAUUACGCCACGGUGGAGACGAAUGACCGAGGUAGUCUGCACUUACAUGGACUACUCUGGCUGGAAGGUAAUAUGAGGUUGCCAUCCUUGAUCGAUGAGAUGGCGAACCCCGAGGAAGAAGAAUACCGUGGUCAGGUGGUUCGGUAUCUAGACUCGGUAUUUCACGAAUGUUUAGAUGAGGAAGCCGGGAAAGCUAUCAGAAAGGAGAGAAAGCCAAUUAACCCGGUCGAGGAAAUAAUGCACGACACCGAGGCUCUCGCAGCGGCGUUCGACAACGAGUCCAACUACAUUGCGUACUGUUGCCAGGUGCACUCGCACACCUACACCUGUAUCAAGUAUUCUCUAAAAAGACUCGUCGGAGAGGGUGCAGAUAAGCACAAAAAACGGACAGCUUGUCGGUUCAAAGCGCCUUGGAGGAUCGUCGAGGACACCGGAUUCACGGAGGACGGCCUGCUCAAGAUCCGGCGGAACCACCCGCUCGUCAACCGGUAUAACAAAGCAAUGGCAGUCGGCCUCCGCCACAACCACGACAUCUCGAUGAUCUUGACGAGAACCAAGGGACUCGCCAUGGUAUUCUACAUCACGAACUACGCCACCAAAUUGGACACGCCGAUGUGGAAACGCCUUGUCUUCGCCGCUGAUGUUCUUCGACAGCUUCGUGAAUCGGCAGCGCUGAGGCAUCCCGAGCCGAAUCUUGCUGAGCAGGAUGCCCAGCGCCAGGCCGUAGUGAACGAGAGCCGUCAGUUUCUGAUGAGGGCCGCCAAUCGAAUCUUUUCCGAGAGACAGCUUUCGGCCGUGGAGGUCUGCUACUUCCUGCUUGGCUAUCAAACGGACUUUACUAACGUGCCGCAAUGGUCCUACAUAAACUUGACCGCACUCUAUUGGACUAUUUUCCGGCGUUGGAUACACCUCCGUCGCCAGGCCAGCACACAAACAGAUGCCGAAGAGCCAUCAGAGACGAUGCAUACGCCUACCGAGGUCAAGUUCUGA